AUGUCUCUUGCACUCAUUAUCAACGGUACUACAUUGCAUGUCACACUUGCUAAUAAUUCUUCUGCUGAAGAGUUAAAGAAAAAGCUCUCAUCAGGCAAUGUUACGAUUAAUAUGAAGGAUUAUUCCAAUUUCGAAAAAGUUGGUGAUCUUGGUUUCUCUUUACCAACUAACGAUGAAGAUAUUCAUACGGACUUCGGUGAUUUAAUUCUAUAUGAGGGCCAUUAUUUUGUCAUCUAUUAUGAUAAGAACCAUUGGAAUUUUACAAAAAUUGGGAAAAUCCAAAAUAUUUCGCAAAAUGAGCUUAAAAAACUAUUAGGAAGUGGAAAUGUUACUGUUACUCUUAAAUUAGGUUCCAACUAA